AUGGUUCGCGGCGCCGAGUACGACAACGGUAUUCCCCAGAGCGACAACCCCAUUGAGGCCGGUGAGACCAAGGCCCACGGUGUUGGCAACUCUGACGCCCCUCUCGAGCACACCAAGAAGGUCGCCCCUAUGCCUGAAUAUACCGAAUCUAACCCCGAGGUCUUUGGCGGUCUUGCCAACACCAACCCCAACAACUCGGGCAGUGGAAAGGGCGGUCACGAGCCCAAGUCUCUCGGCGAGAAAAAGGGCCUGGGCUCCCUCCCCGGAAACUAA